AAGUUGUCAAAAGUAUAAAGUACAUCUACCUCAAAAAACACCAUAGUAUGUUCAAGUAUUUUUACUUCAGUACUUUACACCACUGAGGUUUACUUUGCUAGCGACAUUUAUUGGAGGGUUUUCUUCUCUCAGGAGGCCCAGAAGAAGGUGUCAAGGUUCCUAGUGAAGCUGAGGCUGAAGAGUACUUCUCGGAGCUCUGAUGACAGGUCCAGUUCGGAGUCAGAGCGAGCUAACGCUGAAGUCCGCCAGGGGGCAGUCAUGCAGUCUUCGGUAGAGGGCAAAGCUCUCCACAGCUCGCAAGGAACUAUCCAUAAUAACUCACCGCAGCACUCCCCACCCACUGGCACUAAUAAGAGUUGCAGAGGGGCAGAGGGAUCUACGUCCCCAGAUAACAUUGACAGCGACAGGAAGAAGAUCAAGUUCCCACUCCUCUUCACCAAGACAGCCGUGGCUGGGACCACCACCAACCCCUUUCUUACUCAGAAUGACCGGCCCAGUGUGGAGCUUUCUGCCAAGGCAGAAAAGGUACAUAAGAAUGUGAGGGUGGCCGGUAUCCCAGAGGAGAUUGGUGUUGGAGCUAAGGUCAUGCAGAAGACCUUACCGGCCAUACCCAAGUUCAGCUGGUCACGGCCCAGUCCAAGUGAAGAAGAUGACAAAGUCCAGGGCAAAGUCAAAGACUUGUGCAAGACCAAACUAGGUAAACAGAAAGAAGAUAACAUCCCGCCAAUAGCCAAAGAACCCCGGAGAAAAGGGUCCUUCCAUGGAGCAGAACAAGGCAGAGGCAGGGACUAUAGCAGUAGGAAGGCGCCUCUCUCCUACAACAUCCAGCUCAGACUCAACCAAGCCAUGACAGAUUCAGACAGACUCAAAGCUAGAGAGGUCUCCAAGAGAAGCGGAACCAUCCGCUGUGAAAAUCUCCAGCAAAGGCCCAACCGACAGAUGCCAGAGUUGGAGCGAUUCAAACCCAGGGAUAUCACCAAGAGGAGGGGCAUCAUUCCAUGUGAUGAGCUGCAGCAAAGGCCCAAUCAGCCAAUGCCAAAGCCAGAUAAAGCUGCCCUGGUUAAACUCCCGGCGAUUCCACGGUGGAGGGGCUCCAUCUCAUAUGAGGAGUACCAGAAGCUGAACCAGAAGAUGCCAGACAGCACCAUCAACACAGAUGACCCGGAGGAGUUCCUAAACUCACUGGGCGUUACUCGUAUUGAAGACCUGACAACUAUGGUGCCUGACGAUCCCCUGAUCAAUACCCAGUCUGAUGCCUUCAAAGAAGUCUUUGAGCAGUUUGCAAAGAACAGCGAUGGCUCUAUCAAUGAGGAGGGCCUGGCGUCCACGCUGGACAGAGUGGGGAUCAGUAUCAGCCCAGAGGAGGUGAAGAAAGCCCUGCAGAAGGCUGACUACGACAAGGAUGGAGAGGUGGGGUUUCAAGAUUUCCUGCAUGUGAUGGCGGACAGCCAGCGCUUCUCCAAGUGUGUGAAAGGAGCGGACCCAUCCCAGUCUGUUGAGGUGUGUGAGACAGUGUUUUACAAGACCCUGACCAAGAUGCUGGCUGCCGGUAUCCUGUCCAGUGGUACUACAAGAGAGAUAGUACAGUACUACCAUAAAAAGACUCCGAGGCUGAUCCGGCGGGCCGUGCGACCAGACAAGGAGGACGGGGACCAUGUUCUCGCCUACUACACCAAGGGAGCUCAUCUCAUAGGCCUGAAGAGCAAGCAGCUCCAGCCAGCGGAGACAAUUGCCCAGAGCCAGAAGGAGAAGGAUAGCCCGUACUUGAGGCGUCCCAGCCUGAACGUGGCCUACACCUCCUGGGACCCCCGGCGCAUGUCCCUGAACCCUGCACAGAGGGCCAAAAUGGGCCGCAUGAAGUCUGUCACGGCCUGGAAGACCGUUGAGAUCGAGGAUCGCAUCAGACAACUGUCAAUCAAGCACCCUGGGAUGGAGAAAAUGGAGAUGAUCACGCCUGUGAAGAUGAAGGUGAACAUGUCCAUGAAGGAGAGGGACCACCUCACUUACAAUGAGAUCAACCAGAUAAAACAGAAGUCUAAAUCAAGUCUGAAGGAGUACCUGAAGGACCUGACCCAGCUGAAGCGCAGGGACAUGUGGAACUCCUGGGGCUCCCUUCAGUGUUACUGUGUCCUCCACAGCCGGAAGGACUUCCCCAAAACCUUCACCACCUACUCCUGGUCCUGGAGCGGCUGUCGCAACAUGAUGGAGACUGGAGACCUGGACGCUCCCUGUAGGUCCACCCUACGCCCCCAUAUAGCCAACCACUGGAGCCCAUCGCCAGGAAGCGGCGUGCCUCGUCCAAUCAGGGAGGCUAAAAAGAGAAGACCCCGGCGGCAACCCCCACUGACAGGAAGAGCAGUACACUGUAGAAAAGAGGAAUAACACCAAUAGCAAUCAUAACAAAACUGAUACGAUCAAUUACUUUAACCACAAAGAUCCCACCCCCCACUUCCUCUGACCACAGUCUCUACUCCCCCACCCCUCCUGAUCCCAGUCCCAGACUUCGACCAGAGCGGCUGUAGUUAUGAGUGCAACAUCCCCCCAUGCUAUGUGUACAAACAGGACUGGCCCCCUAGCUGAUCUGUUGCCCAGGGCCUAACUUAUAUUAUCCCGCCCCUGAGGCCCAUGAGGGGGGAAUGGAGGAGAGGAUAUGCAGUCUCUCCCUGCUCAGCAGAAAUAAACCCAUCAUCUCUGAAAAAAUAGCAGAAUGAGUCAAACGAGUGUCACUGGUUUGUUUUAAAACUGCACCGUGCAAAAGUGAGGAGGAGGAGGGAUAGGUAGGGAGGGAUCUGGGGUUGAUGGGGUCUAUGAAUAAAUCUAAGGGUCCUACAAGGCCAAGUCAUGGAGCCUAGGAGGAGAGCCAGAACUACUCAUCCCCUUGGCCUUCUCCAGCUGGUUGGGUUACACUAUAGUCUGCUGAUUAAGUCCCUGACUGGUCCAGGUCCUGAUAGGGUUGAGGACCCUGAUAUCAGGCCCAGUUGAGGAAGGGAUCAGUGCUGGUCUGACCCAUUCAUUAUGAACAGUCUCAGUCUGAUGUUAACCAGACAUGCCUGAGACACACGCACAGACGCAGAGUACAUUAGCCCUCCGCCUGGCUCCCAUUAAAAAGAUGACGGUAAUAAAAUAAACCACAGUGAAACAGGGAGCUCUGUUGUUAAAGCUGUUGUGCUUGCAUGUGUCUGUGCAUUUGGCGAUAUCACAAAUUAGCAGUGACACUGUUUACUCAGACUAAGCAUACUUGGCCUGAUGGCCCCUGUCAUCCUGUAGACCAGAUGCUUUAGCUUCAGCAGUUUCCUUUUCCUCUCUUCUGUUUACUGUAUGCUGAGACCAGAUAAGCGCUAUUAUGGCAAAUACAACAGUUUGGGCUCAAUAUUUUCUCAGCUAAUUGGAUAGUAGGACAAUGGUCCUGCCUGGGAAUCUCACCACCUUUUUCUCCAAACAAAUCUAUCAUUGUUUGGAAAUGUUAAACUAGGUAAGGCUGGCCUGUGUCUGUUUCUCUGGAUGUCAUGGGGAAAGAGAGAGGGCCCCCUAGUGCCUUUGACUGGUUCCUAAAGGAUUAUUGUUGUUUGACUGAGACCGCCUCUUCAGAUGGUUUACCAAAAGGUGGUGCCAGUGUAUCAGCCCUUAUUGUCUGGUUCAGUCGCUUCACUUCCUCAUUGACUUGAUAAUGACUUUAAUUUGUCUCUGUCUUGUUAUAAAGAAGAUAUACAUUUUAUGGUCUAAUGAAUCUACCCUUUAGUAUAGUAGUUUAUUACUGUUGAUGUGAAGUAAUAAUAUACUGUAGUAGUAGUCCUCAAAGCUCUUUAAAAUGUUACGCUUCAAACUCCUGAUGUCAGAUCUGUCAAUAUCAUGUUUGUAACAUGAUCUUAAUGUUGUCAAUGAUGAUCACGCCAGGCUGUUGGCUUCUGAAACCACUUCCUUAUCCUCACCAGAUGUUAUUUCCACAGAGGAAACUUAUAUUGAUGUGUUGUUCACUAAUCAAAGGUGAAGUCCAAGCAACAGCAGCAUUGUGUCGGGCAUCCGCCUAUUCAUCGGUCCUUUCUCAGCUUUCAUUAUUACAUUCUGUAUCUCAGAAUGCAGGAAGGUUUCAGAUCUUUAGUAUUAUUCUGUUUCUCUCAUUUUCAGUUCUCUCUCUCUGUACCUAUUUAGUUAGCUCAUUUUGGCGACAACGUAUAUCAGGUACACAUUUCCAAAAAAUGUGAAAAUGACAUGAAGGCUCUGACCAGAUUCUUAACCUCAGCUGCAUAUCUGGCAUCUCUCUUUAGAGACGUUCCUUUCAAAGUGACUGAAAGCAGCCCCAGCUGCGUGUUUAUCUCUAGCCACAUCUAGGUGAUGUUUAGACAGAGGAGUCACACUCAGCCACCCCAGGGGAGAUAUAAAGGCCAUUUUGACGUAUCACUGGAACCCUACAUUUAGAUAGAGGGAACGUUAAGACCCCGUGUGCCAGGUGGGUGAGAGAGAGUAGGCCUCACUAAGGACUGACACAACAAAUGUAAACCAUUUAAAAGUCAUUAAGUCAAUUGGUGUCAUUGGUGCUGUAAAGGUUAUACUGUCUGUAUGGAUGUGGCUCCUCCCGUGAAUUACCCAGGAACCUCUCUGUCCUGUCUGUCGUUAGAGGCUCCCGCUGAUGAAUGAAGAAUUAUCAUCCUCUUUCCUCAUAACGAGCUGCUUCCAGCAUGACUUGCCAAAUGUUUAUCCAACUCUGUACUGUAUGCUGUCUGUCUGUCAACACUGCUCUGAUUCAAACUCCUGUGCAGGCUUUUGUUUGGAAGCCAAAUUUUGUUAGGGAGUACAAAUAGUUUUUUUUUGUUUGGAUUCUGUCCUGCAUAAUAGGGCCUAUAUGAAUGGUCCUGUGUAUUAGCAAAAUGGAGCACUUCUCGCUCUAGCGUCUUUUUCGGAUGCCAAAUUAGACGUGUGGAUGUGUGCACGGUCUACUCUCUGUGUGUGUGUGUGUGUGUGUGUGUGUGUGUGUGUGUGGCCUCAUACUGAGUGUGUUGUAGCUGUGUUGUUGUUGGACGAGGUAAUAGGUUUAGGCAUGAGGUUAUCUUAUGGCUUUAUCAAAGAGCCCCUAUUACCUGGUUGAGACACAUUCUGGAAUCUGCCCGCAAUCUGGACUCAGGUGUAGACGUAACAUAGUAAAUGAAAAUCCGGGACACUCAAAUUAAUAUGAUAUGUUACAUUUGGUAUGGUACGUAUUCAUUUGUGGAUGUCCAUCAUCCAUUUCGUAUGGUAUGUUAUGAAAUACAAAUCAUAUUAUAUGUUACGAAUUACAAUUUGUGUGAUAUGUUGCGAAUUGCAAUUUGUAUGAUAUGCUAUGAAUUGCAAUUCAUACAAUAUGUUUAGAAUUUGCAAUAGGUAUAUGUUACGAAUUCCAAUUUGUUGUGGCUAACGUUAGCUAGGUGGGUAGGUGGCUUACGCUAAUGGUAGCUAGGCUAGGGUUUAGGGUUAAGGUUAGGAGUUAGGUUAAAAGUUAGGGUUAGGGGAAGGGUUAGCUAACAUGCUAAGUAGUUGCAAAGUAGCUAUAAACUAGUUAGUAGUUGCAAAGUUGCUAAUUAGCUAAAAUACUAAUGUCCGUGAUGAGAUUCAAACACGCAAUCGUUGGGUUACUAGACGUUAGCGUUAUAUGCCAAUCCAUCCACCCCUACCAACCACCCUUCUUUCGUUUUUUCCUUAAGUAACCUUCUGUCUUAUUUAGCCACACCAAGCGUAACAAAUCAUACUAAUUUUAGUGUCCCGGAUUUUCAUUUACUAUGUUACAUCUAGUCUAUAGUCUCUGCUUUAUUUCAGUUACUGAACCAGCGGGUUGUUGCAAUAUGACAUGCAUUGCAAGCGGUGUAAUUCCAAUUCGUCUUAGGUUGUCAAAGUGUAAUCUAGCAAGAAUGUACUUAUAUCACAACAUGGUAGCUAAACAACACCUCCUCGCAAUGUUUAGCUCUCUCUAAUGUAUUUGCUUUGAUAAUUCUUAUCCCAGAUUCUACAGAAACACAAACAGCCCGUCUCAUCACAGACCUUGAACACGGCAGUCGUUCUGUGUGGUUAAUGAUGUGGAAUUCGGGAGGGCUGGAGCAGGGAUGGAAAGUGAGGGGGAGCAGAGUGAUAUUGAGUGAAUGAUCUACUACAGUAUCACUGCGUAAUGGUACUUGAAAUCAGGGCAGUGAAACACAAAUGCUCUGUGUGUGAGAGGGAUGCAGAGGCAUUAAGCUAGGUAUUAAUAAGUAACUAUCAGUAAAGGUAUCAACAGUUCAGUGAACAGUUUCAAGAACGAUGAUGGACAAACAUCUAGUGUAUUUGUUGGUGCCAGUGCAGUACACUGCUUCACAAGACUGGAACACAAGACUUACUGUCGUCGGGUUGACAUAUUGCGCUGUAGUUUACUGGCUUACUGUGCUGUGUGAGAGAACUGACUAGACCUACAUAGGUCAUACUACUAUUACCAGGGAUGCUCAUAGUAAUACUGUGUACAGUAAAUGUACGGUAAGGCUUCUUCUCUACUGAGCCUGAGGGAAGGGAACGCAUCCACAGAGCUGCUGGUUGCUGCAGUAGCAGCCGCUGGUUCUAUGGUCUGUGUUACCAUGGACACGGCUCACUGUGGAAAUCUCUCUCUGGGAUUUAUGUUAACUGUUAUGGGGGCGAGGCUGUUGUGCUCAAUGGUCUCACCUACCGG